AUCAGUUUAUGCUUAGAGAAUAUCCAGUUUUUUUUCUUCUAAAUUUGCUCAAGAUUGUUCAUGAUGGAAGUUUCGAUUGCUUGUUUCCAGUUCGUUUCGUGACUGUGUAAUUUGACUUGUACGGGAGCAAGGAAAUUUUCAAGACUGUGAGAAAUAUGGCUGCUUAUUACUCUGGUUCAGAUAAUCAUAGAGAUACGGAAGCGCCGAUGAUCUGUUUAAGAGAAUCGAUGCCGGGUUCGUAUGUUGAGGGACCAGUUCUUCCUGGUAAUACGAUGUUGUAUAUGAGUACCGGGUCCUAUUCUGGUGCAUUUACUGGGAAUUCUCAGCAGCAAAACAACUGUAUCGAGAUUCCGGCUGUGGAAACUUCGGUUUCGGCUCCACAGCAUCAAGGGAUCUUGUCGAACAUCGGUGGUUGUCCAGUCGGGGAGCACGGUUUUGGUGCUUGGAGGGAUGGUAGAAAUGAAAUGCUGGCUAUGCAGUCACUGGCUGGUACUUCCAGCAUCAUUCACAGUGGUCAAGGAUUAUCCUUGAGCCUUGGUACCCAAAUCCCCUCUGGAAUCCAAAUCCCUUAUCGGAAUCCCGGUUCGGGUUUUUCCGUUGGUAAUCAAGAUUCGAAUAAAGGGGUAUUGCCUGCAUAUGGAGUGUCAAGUAUGACAAGAGCCAUUCCUGAUUCCAAGUAUUUCAAGGCUGCACAACAACUGCUUGAUGAAGUUGUUAAUGUUCGAAAGGCUCUAAAGCCACCUGAUGGAGGGAAAAAUCGGAACUCACAAGAUAAUCGGAUGAAGAAUUCUGAGGAAGAUGAUGGGGGAUCAAAGAAUGUGCUUGCAAACCAGCAAGAAUCCUCCAUGAACUCUCCAAAAGAGCUCUCACAUGCUGAAAGACAAGAAUUACAAGACAAGUUAACAAAGCUGCUGUCCAUGUUGGACGAGGUUGAUCGCAGGUAUAAACAUUAUUAUCAUCAGAUGCAGAUUGUUGUAUCAUCAUUCGAUGCGGUAGCAGGGUGUGGAGCUGCUAAGCCUUACACUACGCUUGCUUCACAGACUAUAUCACGCCAUUUUCGGUGCCUGCAAGAUGCAAUCAAUGAGAAAAUUCAGGCAACACGUACAAGUCUUGGAGAACAUGAUACUUCGGAAAACAGUAAAGAAGUAAGGAUUACUCGUCUGCGUUAUGUGGACCAGCAGCUGAGGCAACAGAGAGCUCUUCAGCAGCUUGGUAUGAUGCAACAACAUGCAUGGAGGCCUCAGAGAGGGCUCCCCGAAAGCUCUGUUUCAAUACUUCGUGCGUGGCUGUUUGAGCAUUUUCUUAAUCCCUACCCGAAGGAUUCUGAUAAGAUCAUGCUAGCAAGACAGACAGGCUUGACUAGAAGUCAGGUUUCGAAUUGGUUCAUAAAUGCUCGGGUGCGCCUAUGGAAGCCUAUGGUCGAAGAGAUGUACAAGGAAGAAUUUGCUGCUGCAGAAAUGGAUUCUAAUUCUUCAUCUGAUAAUGCGGUCAAAGCAACAAAAGGCGAUACAAUGACCUCCGAGGACAGAGAUGAAGAUCUGCAACGAAGUGGGAGUUCAUCAGCAAUAGAGAGAUUUAGCAACGGACAGCUCAUGGAUUUGAAAUCCGACAAUGUUCAUGAUGUAGAUAUCUCAGGAUCAACCCCCGAAGCUGGUUUCCUGAAUGUCACGUGUGGAGAAUCUGAAACUGAGUAUGUCUUACAGAAGCUAAGGGAGGAGCAGAGGCUUACUAUGGGCAUCUCUAACAUCCCCGAUUCAAGUGUUCAUCUAGAUGGCAGUGGCCACCGGUUUAUGGCAGCCGCUGCUUACAAUGUGUCUGAAUUGGGGAGGUUUGACAGUGGAAACGGUGUAUCCCUCACUUUGGGAUUGCAGCAUUAUGAAGAUGGUAGCAUAGGUAUGCCAGGUGGAAGGCGUCAUCAAAAUUUCUUUGCAAUGAGAGGGGAUGAAAUGUACAAUCCGAUAAUGACUUCAAUGGGAGCCGAAACAGCGGAUUUUGAAUGCAUAAACCCAGGUAAUCAACAACAGGGUUUCAAUUCCUCUCAGUUACAUGAUUUUGUUGCAUGAAAUGUACUCGAAUGCGGUUUAAACUUUCUUUAAUCGUUCUUAUGGAGAGGAACCGUAAUCACCGGAAGAAGAGACAGACUCUCAGCUCCGUUAGGAAUUGAUUGGUGAUUCUGCAUAUUUGUAAAGAUAUAUGAUUUUUGUUAAUACGGUGAAAGGGAAAUUUUGUACAUGUACAACUAGUUCAGGAAUCAGA